CUACCAUAGCAACGUUGACAGCGAAGGCUCAGUCGAAAGCGGGGGUCAAUGGCGUCCUGAUAAGUUUUUGUUUGAAUAUGAUCAUAGAAUCAAAAUGACAGAAGUUACACAAGGUAUUCUGGCCAACGCCAACAAAGGGAGAUAUUCCUCUAUCAAAGAUGCAUUGUCGGAAGAUGAUGUGUCAAGUGUGUGGGAAAAUGUUUCAAAUUAUAUUGAAAAGCAAAUGACUCAACAGAAGGGGGUGCAAAUUCCAGGUCUUGGAACAUUUUCAAUAUCACAGAAAAAGCUGGAAAUUGGCAACAACAGGUUUAUCUUGACCCAGAGGCCUGUCUUCAACAUUUCUGAAAAGUUUGCGCAGACUCAUGGAUUGCAGUUUCAGAAAUAUCACGUGCCUGGAUCAAUACCAGUGCUGCCUCUCAACUUUGCCUCCAUCUCAUUCGAGAGCCCUUUUGACAGAGACACAGUGGAGAGAUGCUGCAAAGAAAUUAUCUCAUCAUCUGCUCGAGCUCUGGCAUCAAAACGAAAUAUUGAGCUGUGCUUUUCUGGAAUUGGUCGUCUCACAAUAAGGGAAGGCAGAGUAAAAAUGAAAUUCUACAAAGAGUUUAUAAAUGAAAUGGACUCCUCUGGGAAAUUGGUGGAUUCUAUGAUGAAUCGAGUGGGCACUGUGGACUCGGUCAUGUCUGACAGGCUCUCUGUCCGGCCUCACUCCAGUAACACAAUGAUCUUACCUAAGAUCAGCUCGGGUCGGGAUGGAUCAGUCAACGGCCUACACAACAGUAGUCUGACACCUGUCGUGGAGCAAGAGGAGGACCCUGCAGGUGCGGAGUUCGCGGGUGUUCCCGGACCCCCAGGCCCUGUGGAGGUUCAUUUCUACCCCGAGGUGGACGAGCCGGGAUACGGUGCAGGGGGAGCAGCAUUUGCCCCACAGCCUGAGGACCUGGCGUUGAAACAAGAGGGCAUGGAGGGUCCCGACGGGGACUUUGCCACCGAUCAUGCCAUGGAGAACAUCUUGAGAGAGGGUGACACGGCCAAUGCUGACUCUCAGCCUUCACUAGUCCCACAGCCCUUUGAGAUGGAUGUAGGAAAUCAAAAUGGUGAGGCUAAAAUCCAAGGAAGCCGAGCGGGAUCAAGAAUGGCUCUCCCGAUGGCCAAAGCUAAUGGCAUUAGCCUGACAGAUGAGCUCAAUGUUCUCCCAACUGGCCGCAUGAGUCGUCUGUCUGCCGGGGCUGCGAUGAGAAUGUCACACGGAGGAGAAGGAAUGACAGGAUUGAAGCCCCCUACCCCUCCCCGCCUGGCUCCUCUCCACCGAUCUCGCAGCCUCGAGAACUUACAGAACGACCCCAACGCUCCCAUGAAGGUACCCACUCCGCCCGCCUCGGCUUGUGGUCACCCGUCGGCAGGGCAGGAGUUGUGCUACUUGUGCCACCAGAGGGCGCGUAUGAAUGUCCCCGUCUCAUUCACAGAGGAGAGGAAGCGGAGGGAGGAAGAGGAGGAUCAUCUUUUGCAGCAGUACCAGACCAUGAAAGACGCGGAGGAGACUCUGAAGGACCAGGAGAGAUACUACUCUCGUCGUCAUGAUCUACAAAAAAUCUCGGCUUUCAAUCUGGGAGUCUCUGAGGCUGUGCAAGCCAAGAAGAAGAUGAAGGACACCGAACCGCAGCGUGCCUAUAUUUUCAACAAGCGACCUUUAACACCAUCACGCAUGCCUAAGCAAGAGGAAUACCUCAAAGAUCUUGAUAAACAGGUUGUUGCAAAGGAAACGGCGAAGCAAAGGAAAAAGACUGAUGAAGAAUUCUUAGAGAGACUUGAACAAGUGCAGUUAGCCGAGGACCUGGCCGCUCAAAGAGAGCAGUACCUGAGGGACAAGGUGGACUCCACAGAGACCUACAAGAAGGCUUUGGAGGCACAGCUGAGGUUCAAGCCAAUUCCUAUGCCCGAGAGAGAGCCAGACUAUGAAGUUUUCGGCAAAAAUGACAUGACCAAUGAGAAGAUGGCGGAGCGUCGGCGUCGAGCGUUCAACCUGUUCUCGGAGCAGCAGGCCCUGGUGGAGCAGAGGAAGAGGGACACCAUCUUGUCACGCCUGGCUGAGCAGCAGAAGGAGGAACAAGUGCUGGACAGGGCCAAGAAAGAUCUGGUUGACGAGAGGACCUUCAAGCACGUUGUGCGUUUCGACACCAGAAGGAGGCUGGAGACCGAUUGGCAGAGGAUGGCGGAGACUAAGCGUGCUCGUGAGCUCGAAGACCGACUGCGCUCUCUCAGCCCUGGAAUUUUGCUGCACGAGCAGUGCGACCGCUACAACCGCUGCCGACAGUGCAAGCGACGUGUGCACAACUGUGGCGAGACCAACAUCUGGAGCGAGUCGAGGUACAUUCCGGGCUCCAGGAUCAUGGUGUGAGUCCCUCCGUGCCUGUCUGGUGGUCCCAUCAUGCUCGUGUGGUGGGCUUGUGCCACUCCAAAAAGUCUUUGAUCCCAGUGUAAACACAGGAAGGAGUCUUGAUUACAAUCCCCCCCC